AUGGCAGUAAGCAAGAGAAGAAUCUCUCAGAAAUGCAGAAAAACAGAAGACACUGAUAUCCCAUCAGAUAAUGAAGAAGAAGGCAUAAGAUUUGAUCCAAAUAAAAAAGUACUCAGAGCCAGAAGGAGAAAUGAAAGGGGACCUACUGCGAAAGUGAGUUUAAUUGGGAGUGAACCACCAAGGUACUCAAUGGACCAGAAGCUAAAGGGUUUAAAUCACUCAUUCAUUCAGUCUGUGACCCUGGCAUACAACAAGGAUAACACGUAUAAUUUCUCAAGUAUUUCCAGUCAAUAUACGAAGUACAGGGAAGAAAUAGUUGAAAGAGAAGGAGUACAUGGGACAAGCCUACUAAAUACAACGCAGAGACAGAAUAUGGCAGAUAUUCUAAGGGCAGGCUUAGGGCAAACCACUCCAUCAAAGCCACCCAUGGACCAGGACCAAAUGAAAAAGGCAGAAUUCAUCCUAGGGCAGCACGGGUCAAUUGGAGCCGGAUUAUUCGGGGCAGCAGCCUUGAACAGACAAAAGGAAGAGGAAAGAGCAGCCUUAGACGUAUCUCAAACAGAAAAGAAGCAAGAGACUGCAAAAAGAUCAGAGAGUAUGCCUAGCUCACCAAAGAAGGUGGCCCAGAAGGAAGACACCCACAAGGCAGAGUCAGCAGAUGAAGUAAACUUGAGGGAACCAAAGGAGACGAGAGAAUCAAAGGGAGAGACAAAGGGAGAGACAGUCUCAGAACCAACUGAACUGGCACCAGGAAAGAGCGAGAAGCAGAAGACACCUAGCUCACCAAAGAAGGACGUACACCAGAAGGAAGCUCACAAGGAAGAAGUGAAGGAGUUAAAAAGUGCAAAGUCAAAGGAAGCUCAUACUAAAGAAGUCAACAAAGAUUCUCACCAUAAGGAAGCCCAUAAGGAUACAACAAAAGGCGUAAACUCAAAGGAAACAACAAAAGAUUCCCACAGUAAGGAAGUCAGUAAGGAAACAACAAAAGAUUCAAAAGAGACAAAAAACUCCCACAGUAAAGACCCCCACCAGAAAGAAGUCAAAACCAAAGACUCCCACAGUAAAGAAGUCAGUAAUGAAUCGGUGAAAUCUGGCGACAAGACCAAGUCAAACUCUUUAUUUGACAUGACCUGCAAGGUGUUUGUCAGAAAUACAUCACGCUUUGAGGAUUUAGGGUUUCACCGGGUUGCAGUCAAGGAGGUGCAAGGUAAAAGAACAAUUAUUGUGUAUGAUAAUAAGAAGAAGAAGGAGACUGAGAUGAUUUCUGUCUCUUUGGAUAAAACUUCAAUUCAGUCAGACAGAUCCCGUAAGGAACUUGCUUUUGUUGAACCAUCCAGCACCCUGCUGUACAAGAUAAAACUGGCUACCUUGGAAGAUGCAACUGCCUUAAGACGUGCCUGCAAUUCUGAAAAUACUUCAAGUACAAAAUAA